AUAUACCUGCUUACGAGUUGAAUGCACAAUGAAUGAUUCCGUUCGUACAGCAUCUUGUUAGAUCUGUGUAUAUUUUUAAAACUAAUAACCAUUUUUUUUCUCUGCUAAUAGUUCAUUUUUUUAUUCAAGUGUAAAAAUGAGUAAAAAUAUUUCGAAUUUCCUGAAAAAUAUAACAAUCGAACCAGCAUUCUUCUUAUACACCGCUGUCUUCGUCAUAGUCGACUCAACCUACGUGAAUUUAUUUCUACAAAAAAAAUGCAGACUCGGUUUGACAUCAGAACCCGACCUCAGUACAGGUUGCAGCGACGAAAAACUAGGAAUAAUUUUCGCCACUGAAGUCAGUACGUAUUCUCGCCUCGUUAUGUUUCCACUGUCAACAAUUUACGCAUCACUGGCCAUGUGCUGGAGUGACGAAUCUGGAAGGCGUCGAAGACCUUUGAUUUUCAUGCCCAUAAUCGGACUAAUGUUACAAUCAUCGUGGGGCUGUGUGCAUUCUUAUUUUUGGACUUGGAAUCCGGUCAAUGCAGCUGUAUCGAAUGUGAUAUCAGAAGUGAUCCUUGGAGGAAUGCCAUUGAUGACGUUUGCUUGCCAAGCUUACGUAUGCGAUGCAUCGGAUGUGAAAAGUCGUACGAUGAGAUUGGGGCUUUUUUCAGCUGCUAGAACGCUCGGAGAUCUGAGCGGAUUUGGUAGUUCUGGGUUCAUACUGCAUAUAUUUGGAUUUUUUUACACGUUCUUGAUAUGUGUGGUUUUAUCGCUGGUUACGUUAAUCCUGGCUUUGAUUCUUGCCAAAGAUAGAUCUUUAAAGGUAGAAAAGAGGAAACAUUUUUGGCAAGUUAUUAAUUUUAUGCGAAUCGUUGAUAGUUUCAAAGUGGUUUUUAACAAGAAACUUCAGACUAAGAGAGCUAUCGUCGCUUUGCUGUUGGCGAUUUAUAUUUUGGUGUUUUUCUCUACGCAAGGAGAAAAUGCUUUGCAAUAUUUGUUUCUACGGUACAAAUUUCAAUGGGAUGAACGUGAUUACAGCUUGUACGUUGUUUACAGAUAUAUUGGAGUAGUCAUUGGAAGUGUAUUCGCUUCGAUUAUUCUAAGUAAAAUUCUGAAAUUACAUGACGGAGUAAUUGGUAUGUUUGCUGGACUGUGGGAUGCCAUUGCAGCUUUUGGAUACCUAUUUGCUAGUCAAAGUUGGCACCUAUACGUCGUUCCUCUGUUUGAUAUAUUUCACGGUACUGUGUUGUCUGUGAGCAUUUCAUUUUUCAGUAAAUUUUAUGAACCCGACGAAAUUGGUCGUUUAAGCUGUGUUCUCGGCGUGAUGUCUUUGAUGGUCUCAGGAUGUCAUCCUGCUUAUAAUACGAUCUUUCAAAAUACUUUGGAUUUCUUCCCUUCAGCAUACUUUUCUUUGAGUAUCGCUAUAAAUGCCAUAAUUAUUUCACUAUACUUUGUAUCGUAUCUUCUGAGUAAAAAAAUGGAUAAACGAGAUCCACCAGUAAAAGAAGAAAAACCAAUGAUCAGUUAUUAAGAUUAGGUCGGCAAAGGUAAAUAUUUGCAUUCCAUUAAGUGGUUUUCAGCUUGUUGUAUUAUUUUGCAGAAAUAAAUUAUGUUGUAAUUAUA